CCAAAACCCACUAACCCAUCCAGACACAAAGACAACGCCUCCGCCAUUAAAAACACCAACACACAAAGCUUCUUCUUCAAACCAGCGACAAUAGGGUUACUCGAAGAGACCCACCUUAACUCCUCUGAGGAUUCAAGUUCCUGCUUUGGGUUAAGGAAGAAAAGCACCAAGGAGAAACCAAAGAUGACUCACACCAACGCCGGAGCCUCCGCCGCGACGACGGAGCUUCCUCCUCCUUCUCAGCCGCAGAGAAACGAGAUGGUGUUGCACACGGGAAGCUUCAGCAGCCACAUGUCGAGAGAAGACGAGGAGAUGACUCGUUCUGCUCUCUCUGCUUUUAGGGCUAAAGAGGAUGAGAUUGAGAAGAGGAGGAUGGAGGUUCGUGAACGGAUCCAGGCUCAAUUGGGUCGGGUCGAGGAAGAAACCCGACGACUCUCAACCAUUCGCGAGGAGCUUGAGUCUAUGGCAGAUCCUAUGAGGAAGGAAGUUUCCGUGAUUCGUAAGAAGAUUGAUAGUGUUAACAAAGAACUCAAACCCUUAGGUUCCACUGUUCAAAAGAAGGAAAGGGAAUACAAGGAAGCACUUGAUACAUUCAACGAGAAGAACAGGGAGAAAGUGCAGCUGAUCACCAAACUCAUGGAGAUGGAACAGUUGGUAGGGGAAAGCGAGAUGCUGAGGAUGAAGAAGUUGGAGGAGCUGAGCAAGAGCAUUGAAGAAACAGUGUGAAAGCUAAUUGGGUUUUAGGGUGGACUUGGUUUUUCUUUGCGUGAUGUACCUAGUUUUUUUUUUUUCAUUUUGUAACAUGUGUGAUUGUGGGUGAAAUCUUUGGGGGUUGGUUUGUAAAAUUUGUGGGUUAUCUUAUUUUUUUGAUUAACCAAGUUAGGGAGUGUGAAAUGGGAGAUUCGUUAGGAUACUGAAACUCAUCACAGUGAAUUUAUUUCCUCGGUAAUUUUUUUUUGAAUUUGUCUUUUAUUUUUUUUCAAAGAUUUUAAUUUAUUUUAUCUCAGAUUGUUUUAACAAUAUUUUG